AUGAAAAUAUAUUCUUCAAAAUUUGCAGCUAAUAAUGAGAAUAAGGGUAGUAUAGAUUGGGAGAAAAUACCUGGUGAAAUGCUUGUUCAGAAAAGACAAACUCUUGAGUCUUCUUCUAGUCCUAUGAUCAAAAUCAAGGUCUCUCAUGGUUCAUAUCACCAUGAGAUUAAUGUUCCUGCACAAUCAUCUUUUGACAAAGUCUUUGAUAUAAUAAUUCUCAAUGUUUUUACCCUCCUUUGGUAUCUGGUUGGAGUGAAAUACACGUCUAAGGUUAUAUUGUUAGAAGAUCCAGCCAGCAAAGAGAGGAAGAUUGAACAUAUUUCAACAGCCACUACAGAAGUUUUAUGUGUUAGAACAAAAGUUGACAAGUUAUAUCAAAAGGUGAUUGCUUUGGAAAGGAUUAUUAGUGGUGGAGCUAAGGUUGAAGAUAAAGAAUUUGUUGUCUUGACUGAAUUGCUUAUGGUUCAACUGCUUAAACUUGACUCUAUUGUUGCUGAGGGAGAAGCCAAAAUGCAGAGAGGAAUUGAGGUUCGACAUGUACAAAGUUAUGUAGACACAAUUGACAACAUGAAGGCAAGAAAUUCUGCUGCUAACGUUGCAGUUUCAGUACCAAACUAA